AAGUUCCAGAAGCCUUCAGGGGUUCAAUUCUUUUAUUGAUGAUAUGGAGAUGGCAGAGCUCCCAAUGCAAGGCUACAAAUUCACAUGGUGUAACCUGAGGAGUGAAGAAGGGCUGGUGGAAGAGAAGCUUGACAGAGCUUUGGCAUCAAAUGGCUGGAUCUUGAAUAAUCCCAAUGCCACAGUUUCUAACAUUGUUAGGAGUGCUUCUGACCACUCAAUGAUCCUCCUCAAUCAAGGUCAUCCCCAGGCUAAAACAACAGCUCGUUUUCACUUUGACAAAAGAUGGCUGACAAGAGCUGAUUUGAAUGCAGCACAUAAUCAGGAAGAGCUGCACUGGCAACAAAGAGCUAAACUUAACUGGCUCAAGGAGGGAGAUGCCAAUACCAAGUUUUUUCAUGCUUACACUAUCCAGAAAAGGAAGCUUAAUGCCAUAACUAGAUUGCUCUCUCCUCAAGGAUUAGCCCUCACUACUCAAGAAGAUAUCGAGCUCCAUGUUUCUGAAUUCUAUAGGGAUCUUUUUACUGCUGAAAGAAGUAGUGGAGGGGAAUCUAUCAUCAAUCUCAUACCAAAGUCUAUCUCUGAGGACAUGAACCAAGCUCUACUGAAACCAGUCUCAGAAGAAGAAGUAAAAGAAGCUCUUUUCUCUCUGCCUGCUGACAAAUCUCCAGGUGAAGAUGGCAUGAAUGCCAUUUUCUAUCAACAUUUCUGGACUCUGGUUAAAGAUGAUGUAUUAGCUGCUAUACUCAGUUUUUUCCAAUCAGGGGUCAUUCUGAAAUACUGGAACCACACCAUCUUAUCUUUGGUUCCAAAAACCGCUCAUCCUGAAACUUUGGCCAACUUUAGACCAAUCAGCCUCUGCAGUGUGAUUUACAAGAUCCUUUCCACAGUAUUAGCUCAGAGGCUGAGGCUCUGUCUUAUGACUUGUAUCAGCCCUCACCAAUCAGCAUUUGUCAAAGACAGACAGUUAAUGGACAAUAUAGUUAUAGCUCAAGAAGCUUUCCACUUUCUGAACAGACACUCUUCUGGGAAAAAUUUCUUUAUUAUAAUAUCCUAUAUCAGAGUGGGAAUGGCAAGGUGGGGAAAUAGCGCAUCAUUCUCGAGACAGGAAUUCAGAUUUGCCUUCUGGGCGUUCGGCCCCGCCACUCAAUCCUUCCUUCUUUGCCCGCCGAUUAUUAGCAUUGACGGCACCUGCGAUUAUUUGCACCUGCGAGGUUCGUACAAGGGGAAACUACUUGUUAAUUGCAAAUUAAGUUUUUGUUUUCUAAUUUACAAUA